GGUCGCAGCUCAGAGAGUUGGUGUUGCCAAAGUUCAAGGAGAAUGAGCGAGGCAAGGGCAUUCGUUCAUUUAGCAGUUCUGUCAUGUUUUGGCUCGAGGGCAAGGAGAGGAACAGGUUCCUCACAGGGUUUUAUAGGGUUUUAAUGGGGACGUGGCAGAAGAGACAUCAACAGUUAAUGAAAUAAAGGUAGUUUCACUCGGUGGUAGCGGUCAAGUAGAAAAUGAAAACAGCGUGAGGUGAUAAGGAUUGGUCAGGCUGGAUUUGGCAGAAGCGGCUGCAGUGAGGGAGCGAGCUGGGUCAGGUCGCGCAGAACUUUGAGGGUCUGCCGUGGAGUUCGGAGUCUGAGCGUGCUGAGGUGCUUUUGGAAUCCUUGAGCAAUAUAGUGAGCUAAGCUAAUACACAUUUGGGAAAAGAUAACUCGGAGUUAUUUGGAGAUCAGACUACCUGUGGUGCCUUAAAAGAAUAAGGCGAGAGGACAAUGGGAAGACAGCACAGGAAGGAAGUGAUCGUAUCUUGGGUUAGGAUAGAAGCAGUGAAAUCUCGAAUAUUCGGUAACAGUUCAUUUCUAAAACUGUUUAUACUAUGUAUGUUGCAUGCCAUGAAUGUUUGUAGGCGUGGGGUUUCCUGCCCUCGAACGCUUAGGUUCUACCCAGAUGUAUAAUUUGGAAACAGAAUGACAAAAGGACACCGGCAGCUCCCAGAACUUUUCCUAGCUUGCUUUUAGGCUUUCCAAACGUUGCCCUUUGUAGGCUUAUUGGUGGAGAUUUCUGUAAGUGCAAAGCACCGCUGGAGGGACCGUGCAUAAUAGCGUUUGGUAAAUACUGCUUCCUCCAAGUCACUACUGUUGAACAUUUCGGCACCUCUUCCGUUUGCUCUUAUUAUAUCUCGUCCUUGGGUUAACAUGACAGCUUUAGCCGAACUCAGAGCAGAAACCGUGUUUGUCUUGUCAGCUGAUGUCUUCUCAGCACCUAGUAAAGUACUUGGCAUGCAUUAAGUACUUAGGAAGUAUUUGUUGAAGGAAUGAAUGAACGGUUCUUGUUAGCUUUCAAAAAGUAAGAAAGAAAGAAAACAUACUACUGUUAAAUGUAGAGUCCAAGGUUUUCAUGUGAACUUAAUGUAGUCUCCGUGAAGUGGGGGAGUGAGACGACCUUACAUGUCAUAAUAAUCAGGUUGCAUGUUAUUGCACAUUCUGCAGGGUGGUGUGUUUUUAUGGAUAUGUUCUCUUUUAGUCCUCACAUCAGCCAUGUAAGGUUUUCCUGGCAAGACUUCAUUGAAGUUACUGUACAAGGAAAGACUUAAUAACUAAAGAAAAAAGAGUGAGCCGUGAUGAUAACUGGAGGAAGAGAAUGCCAGCUUGUGAGAGUAGAGAGUGCAAAUGCCCUGAGGUAUUACUGAUUUUCCCAGAAUGUUUUGUGAAACUUCUCAGAGGCUAGUGAAUGUGGAGGCCUUUGCUCUGGCUGCAAAAUGUUGUUCUAUACAAAACUUGGGAAUCUGCACUCCUUUAGAACAGCUGCUCAUAGCUCUUCGAGGAAAUAAAAGACAGAGGACUGGUAUGUGCAUUUGUGUAUGUGAAAAUCUGAAGCCAAAUGAGUUUAUGAAUACGAAAAAAUCUCAUGAAGUUCAGACAAUGUCAGAGCUAAUCUGCAGUAUUGCUGAUUACUGUGGAAUAAAACAAGUGAUUGACUUGGGUUCUGGUAAAGGCUACCUAAGCUCCUUUUUGUCCUUGAAGUAUGGCUUAAAUGUUUAUGGAAUUGAUUCCUCAAAUAGCAAUACCCAUGGAGCUAAGGAGAGGAACAGGAAACUAAAGAAACAUUGGAAACUGUACCGUACUCAAUCAAGAGUAGAUGCGAAUGGUGGACUGGCAUUAAAAAUGGCAAAAGAAAAAAAAGUGCAAAAUGAAAUGAAAUACAAAGCAGAUACUGAGAAAGUGUGUAACAACAAUUCUGCAAAACAAGAAAAGGUGUCUACCUCAGACUUUUUGCCAGGUCACUCGGGCUCUGUAAUUUCUGACAUCAGAAUACAAAUGGAAAACCUACAAACUCAACCGUAUGAAGAAGAAAAUUUGUGUUUUGUGAAUGCUUUUUCUCUCAUAGACUUUUUGCCUGUUGAUGCUGUAGAGCCUAUUUCUUCACUGCAGAUACCCAACGCAGAAAUGUCUGAAGCAGCUAGAGGGAGAAGAAGAAUGGUACCACAGUCAAAUGAAUCAAAUAUAUAUUCACCGUUAACCUCUUUUAUCACUGCUGAUUCGGAACUACAUGAUAUUAUUAAAGAUCUGGAGGAUUGUUUAAUGGUGGGUCUACAUACCUGUGGUGAUCUUGCUCCAAAUACCCUGAGAAUAUUUACUUCCAAGUCCGAAAUCAAGGGAGUGUGCAGUGUGGGUUGUUGCUACCACCUGUUAUCUGAAGAGUUUGAAAAUGAGCAUAAAGAAUGUACUGAAGAAAAAUGGGGAUUUCCAAUGUGCCAGUAUUUAAAGGAAGAGAGAUGGUGCUGUGGUCAUAAUGCCAGAAUGUCAGCAUGUUUGGCCUUGGAGCGGGUUGCAAUUGGCCAAGGGCUAUCUACUGAAUCGCUGUUCUAUCGUGCAGUUCUUCAAGAUAUUAUUAAAGAUUGUUAUGGCAUCACCAAAUGCAAUCAGCAUGUUGGUAAAAUUUAUUCCAAAUGCUCUUCCUUUCUGGAUUAUGUCAGAAAGUCUCUAAAGAAGCUUGGAUUAGAUGAGACCAAGCUGCCAGAAAACACUAUACUGGACUACUAUGAGAAGUAUAAGCCUAGAAGGAAUGAGCUGGAAGCUUUUAAUAUGUUAAAAGUUGUUUUGGCUCCUUGUGUAGAGACAUUGAUUCUUCUGGAUCGACUUUGCUACCUGAAAGAGCAGGAAGAUAUUGCAUGGUCUGCGCUUGUGAAGUUGUUUGAUCCUGUGAAGUCUCCCAGAUGUUACGCUAUUAUCGCUCUGAAGAAGCAGCAGUGAUUUCAGUUAAAGCAGAUUAAAGUUGUAUCUGUUGACGGGACUUGUUACUAAAACUGCUUUUCUAAACAUUUAUGUCCUUUUAUGUAAAAAUUUUAAUAAUUGCUGUGUAUUUUAAGUAAACAAAAUAAAGCCAAACAACAGAGAUCAUAA